AAUUUUGCCGUCAGAGGUGCUGAUAUCCCGCCGAGCACGCUGUCUCCGGUUGCAGGCCUUCUUGUAAAGUUUGCCAUUAUUUUAAGUCUGCUGCGUCGUUUCUAUAUACCGCGUUUCUUGUGACGAUUUGCUGUUUUCCAUAGUUCAAAAAAAGAAAUGACAUCAGACUACGAAUCAGACGAGAGAGAUGCUGGCGGUGAUCGUGGCGGUCGUGCCGUAGCAACGAGCCACCGAGUCUACGUCGGCAGCAUUCUAGAAAAUGUGAAAAAGGAAGAUCUCGAAGUGGAGUUUGGCAAAUAUGGCAAAUUGACAAGUGCCUGGGUGGCAUUCAAUCCUCCUGGUUUUGCCUUUAUCGAAUUUGAAGACGAAUCAGACGCUCAGGAAGCUGUGGCCAGCAUGAACGGAACAGAUUUCAUGGGCUCUAAGAUCCGAGUGGAGAUUUCUCCUAAUCGCGGCCGUGGCAGAGGACGCGGUGGACGUGGAGGUCGUGGUGGUGAUCGUGGAGGCGGAUUCCGAGGAGGAUUCCGUGGCGGUGACCGUGGUGAUCGCGGUGGCAGUCGAGGCUUCGGUGGAAGCCGUGGCGGAAGCUAUGGCGAUCGUGACGGGGGUGGGUAUCGGGGUGGGCGAGGGGGAGGAUCCCGAGGGGGUGGAGGCUACGGAGGUUCACGUGGAGGAGGCGGAUACGGAGGAGAUGGCGGCAACUUCCGCUCGGAUCGUUCACGAAGCCGCGGCGAGGAUCACCGCAAUACAUCGCCCUCUAGUCGCAGUUUCGGAUCGAGAGACCGCGAUGGCAGCAGCAGAGGUGGUGGUGGUGGUCGUGGCAGUCAUCAGCCACGCAGCGAUCGUGGUGGUUUUGGCGGAGGUGGAUACCGCGGGAGCAGCAGUGGUGGAGGUAGCAGCGGAGGAUCUUCUCGAGGUGGUUUCCGUGGAUCUUCACCUCGUUCUUACAAUUGAAUGUUUGGCGAUGGUUAAAAUACUAACGAAAAUUAUUAACGAAAGACCUAAAGAAAGAAUUAAAAGAUUCGUCGAAAUUGGAAAAACGAAUGCUCUUGAAUUCUCUCACAGAAUAUUUCUGCAGACCUUACGGAACUCGGCUGUUUUCAAUCUUUUGUUCGCAAUUUUUUUUUAGUAUUUCUUUUUUUUUCUUCUCAUCACGUCAUACACAUCGUAAUUCAUUUGAAUUAUUAUUUUCGUUGAAAACAAACGGGCUCUGUUGAUGACCAUAUCAAAGUCUGCAAAUGAAAUACAUUGUAAACUUUUAUGGGCCA